UUGUUAUAAAGUUCUGAAGUUCUUUUGUUGCUGUUAGUUUUACAACUUUACAGCAUAAAACAAAGAUUUUAUAAGUUAUAAGUUUUUAUAUCAUCAGUACAUACCAAAAGGAUUGUGUUAACAGUUGUUUUAUGUGAAAGUUUGUGUGGAGCAUAUUACGCAUUAUUUGAAUAAAGGGAAUAGGAGUUACCAAAUAUAUUAUCAUCAGUGAUAAUUUUCUCCGGAUUCAUAAACCAAUUCCUUUUUGUGCGUUUUACAUUUAUAAAAAUACUUUAAACAAAUAUCCUUGCGUGUUGGUUUUCUCUGGAUUACGUAACCACUGUGGACCGUUCAUAUAUUUUCGUGUGAUUCCGUGAAUAUUUUUGAACGCCAAAAUGGGUUGCGGUGAUGCAUCAGGUUGGGCUAAAAUGGCCCUGAUUGUCUUAAUCAUUGGAAUGUGUCUGCACAUCGCCGGCUGGGCGACGCCGAAUUUCAUGAUCUACGAAACAGCAUCCGGGGUCCUCAAAGUGACGGUCGGACUCUGGCGUAUGACGUCAUGCGCGAGCGGCACGUGCCAGGAACUGGCUGUGACCACCAUUUAUGUAAAUGAGCUGUUCAACGCGACCCGCGCCAUGAUGACGAUCUCCUUCCUGCUGGUGAUCAUGGCCACCGUCCUCCUCUUCGUCUACGUCUUCUUCAACUCCGCCAGGAUCCAGGGACUCGCCAUGGUCUGCAUGUGGCUCUGCUUCGCCAUGGGACUCUUCACAAUGAUCGGGAUGAUCAUUUGGCUCGCCUACAUCCCUUCUCCGUUCGUCGUGUCCUUCUCUCUGGGGCUGUGCAUCCUGGGAAUGAUCCUCACUCUGAUAGCAGGCGCCUUGCUCAUACCGGAAGUGUUCGAGCCCAGGUACCGGGCGGACUCAGACCGAGGCUACUCGAGGGAAGGUCGAGGCUGGUCGCGAGGAGAUCGAGGCUGGUCCAGAGGAGGGAUGACCGAGAGAGGAGGGGCCCCCGCCAGCAACAGACCGCCCGUUCAGCGGUCGUGGAUGGACUAUAACUAAAAUGCUUUUUCUUCUAUAAAGAUUUGAUUUGACUUCAAAAGAAGUAAAGAUUGUUUAAGGUUGUGUUCGAACGGGAGUGUAAGAUGGACAAUAGUGGUACGAUUUAGUAUUGGUCUUUGGUGUUGUUUGAUGGCAGUGCCAUAUUUAGCUGGAGGGGGGAAGGUAAGGGUCGGUUGUUACCAAUAAUAAUACCAAACUGAACAUGCUCUUUUAAUUUAGCUGGAGAUGUUUAUUGUAAUGUGUGUUAGACUUGCCUAAAAUACAGAUAAAAUAAAUGCUAUAUAAAAUACAUUAAAAUUCUAGACUUGCUUAAAACUUUACCAAAGCCUACUACAUUUGCCCAGAUUAUUAUAUUGGAAUUUAGACAAUAAUGCUGUUUAUUACAAACGCCCAUUUUGGUUUAAAAUCGCACUUCGAUUUUUUGAGUUAUUUUGCACUGGUUUCAACUUGUAGUGAUUCUGCAUAACAAGUGUAUACUACUUAAAAAUGUUGAAAGUUUGUUUUAUUUAACGACACCCGCAAGAGCCCAUUGAGUUAUUGAUCAGUGGUUAUCGGAUGUCAACUACUACUUAAACGUAUUUUAAUGGCAAUCAAUAAUAGCAUAAAUAAUCAAUGUCACAUAUUACCUCCAAUCAGAGCCGCAGCUGCUUUCACUCCGUAAAUAUUUUAGGUGAACCACGAACUUUGACUCGGGACUAUCUAAUUUGAAAAAUAACGCAACCUGUAACGUGCCUAACUUGUUUAAAAUGACGUUUGUUCUGUUAUAAACAUUAGAACGAAACAUUACAUAUACAGACACUAUUUUUUUUAUAAACAAUUUUUUUUAUUUAAUACGUAAUUUUGGCGAAGAAAUUAAGAAACAUUUAGGACAGUAUGUUUAAAAUCGUCUACGAUCAGAGCAUCGCGAGAUCUUAGAACCGUAAUGGUAUGAUAUAUAUGACGCGUUCGGGUGUGUUCGGAAAAUGAUAUUUCAGAGUUCGGAUGUACUUGCAAGACAAUAAGUUCCGGUCCCCUCAAAAUAGUCAGCAACUAUUUUCACUAACAAUAAUUCAAAGUAUUUUUAAAUAAUAAUAAUAAUGAAAACUGUUUAAAAUAAUUCUGCUACACCUACAAUUAACGUUUAUAAUAUUUUGCUAUUUUAUUGACUUGAAUGUUUGAAGUGAUUUUGUGAAUUAUCAAUUACGUCAUGUUCCCAUUUGACAGACCAAUUAGGGUUAAUGUUUUAUUUUGUAUCAUCAAAACGGACUUCUGACAAAUAUUACCUCGCUAUUUUUUUAUAAACUCAAAAGGUGAAAGUCUUUCGGUUAGCUCUUUUGCUUCCGAAUUUGCAAGUCGGAAAUAGAGCUCCGUAUUAUUUCGGACGCUAUUUUCAACCCGAAAGUUGCCGAAAAGGUACUUACGAGCACACCCGAAAACAGCAUUAAUACAGGGGUUAUAUUCACGAAAUUUGUAGUACAGUGUGGCAAUAAAAUAUUUCUACGAUUAAACUUACAUAUUAAAUAUAUUUUCUUGUUUAGAAUAUCAGUGUCUGUAUAUUCAAUGUGUUUCUGGUCGUCUUAAUAUUUGUAAGAAGCCAAAACUGGAUUUUGUCUUCAAAUAAGUUCGUGCGUACGUAAAAAGUAGUUUUUAGGAAAUAAAAUGAAAUUUAACCUAGUACAAAUAUUAGAAAGAUCAGAAACACGUUUAAUAUACAGCCACUAAUAUUUUAUGCAGAAAAAUAUAUUUGAUAUGUAAUUACAGU